UUAACCUAAUCCUUUUAAUUCAUCCUAAUCUUGAACCGGACCUCGGAAUUAUUGACAUUAGUGUUUGCUCGUGAAUUGAAUUUUGUCUAUUUGAACUGAGCCGCGCCAAGAAAUUACAACUCCAAACGUGAGUUAGUGUCAAUAAAACAUGACUGUAAGACUAUCCAAACUUCUUGUCAGAGGACAAACACAGCCACCAUCUGGUUUCAAGGAGGCAGGGCAAGAUUGAUUUAGCACGAACGCAUUUAGGUUUAAUCGUGUUUUACUGGGUAGCGGCCGUGGGAUCCUAUCGAGACUCUUGCCUUACACAGCAAGUACCGCAUCAUUUAAAUGCUUUCGUAAUAAGAGAGACAUCGCGAAGGGAAAAACAUGGAUCACGAUCAUGUAUUCUGGAAUAAAUCAUCAAGAAAAAUGGACCUGAUCCAACAAUCGAGCGUUUGCAUUUGGUAAUGGACAAAGGAAGCAGCAGUUAUUGACCAUUUAAAUUUAGAGAAUCUUGGGACAAACUACGACCAAACAGUCUAAAAUAUUAAAUCCCCAGGACAUUAAUUAUUUUCAGGUUUGCAUUAGCAUCAUCUCAAAUUCGUGGAAUGGUGCAAGAAGAAAAUGAGAUAAUUUUUGCGAUAAGUACCAAGCAUGGAUCACGAUCAAACGUUCUCGAACAACUCAUCAUCACCACCAACAUUUGAAUGCUCGUGGACAAAAACCGGCACUGAGCUGUGGUCGUACGUGACGCUUUGUACCCUGUCAUCCGUGCUAUCCCUCAUAAGUAACUCCGUAUUCCUGUUCACUGUCUACAAGACGCCAAGCAUCCAAACAGUGCCGAACUUCUUCGUGUGCUCCCUCUCAACAGCAGACCUGACUGCCGGGGUUGUUGCCAAUCCUCUGUACGCCUCUAUCGCGAUUACCGGUAUCUCACCGAGCGGGGCCUGGCUAUCCCUAGUGGAGAAGUUCAUAUGGAUUCAGACUCUUGUCGUUACUUCCUUCAGUCUGGCUUUGGUGAGUGUAGACCGCUGCAUUGCCAUCGUAUCACCGCUAAAAUACUAUAAUAUAGUGAGCGAGAGGAGAUGCUUUCUGUCCAUAUCGCUCGUGUGGAUCAUGUCAAUUCUGCUGGCGGUACCGGGACCCUUCUUGUCCGGUACGGACCUCGGUAUUUUUUGGCUGAAUUGCGGGGCGUUUUCGGUUCUUCUUCCCCUGCUUGUGAUUUCGUACUGCUACGUGCAAAUUUUCAGGGUCGUGAGACUUCAAUCGAAACAACUUCAUUCAAAACCUUUACCACGACGAUCAAUGUCAAGUUACAACAAGAAAGCAUCGGCGACCACAGCCAUCAUCAUCGCGUUAUUCAUUAUCCUCUUCACUCCAAAUUUCGUCUUUGCCUUUUUAUUUGGGUUGGCUAAGGAUGAGUGCGAGGUAUCUGGUCUGCUUGGGCCGUGGCUAUGGGCUCUUCUUAUAGCGUAUAGUGGAUCGUUCCUUAACCCGUGGAUAUAUGGACUUCGGAAUAGCGAGAUUCGACGCGCGAUGAGGAAAGUCUUCGGUGGGUCGGCGGUAUGCAGGGUAAACUCGCAGUGCGACAAAGAACUGCAUUCAGAGAUGGGGUCUUUGAAGGCGUAUAGAACGAGGGAUAAUGGAAUGGGUAAAAGUAUAGAUCAAAGGGAUAGGGAUGUCUCGCUCAAAACUGUCGCUUGACAAUGGAAUUGGCACACAGUAUUGAUGAAUUGGGUGUCUCGUUUAAGACCAUCGCUUGACACUUGAGUCUAGUAUCAAUGAAUUGGGUGUCUCGUUUAAGACUAUCGCUUGAUAUUAAGAGACGCUAGAACGAGGGGCAUGGAAUGGGUACAAGUAUAGAUAAGCAAUCGUUAGAUACUAAGAGAAAAUAGACACGAUGUCUCAUUUCAUUUCACUGAAACUGAUGUGGCAACAUAAAAGUGUGUUCAGGGGCGUAGACAGGAGGGCGGCCUAGCCCCCCCCCCCCUCCCUUUUAGCAG